AUGAAACGUAAAAUCCAGAAGAUGAGAAACUUGGGAGUGGUAGUUGUGGUUCUCGCAUACUUUGCUUUGCAUGGCAAUUCGGUGCGGUCACACAAAUCGACUUUGGCCACCAACAACCUUUCAUGUGGAUCAAGCUUCUCUAUUGUCUACGAGAAUAGCCGUUUAUCAUCAACACAUAAUAGACCAUCUGUUUCACUGUUUCAGAAGCAUUAG